CGACGUCGCGAUGCCCGCUGAUGACGUCAGCGACCUCCGGGACGUCGUGGACGCGAUCAAUCGACUCUGCGAAAACAUGAAGACUAGUUAUGACGAAGAAGAACCCGAGUCGGUACCCCCAGAUGAGGUAGUGGUCCGACGAGUCGAGACCUACGUCGCUGAGAAAUGGAGCGACUCUGUUGUCGAGGAGGUGUCCGAUACGAAUCAGCUCGUGACAGUUUGUGAACCGUUAAGCGAAUAUUACACGGCCUCGUCGGAAGUGUCUCUACUCUCUGAUGAAAUGUGCCAACCGGAUAAGGAAAAGGUUGACCGAAAUUACGCCUCGUCUGAAGUAUCUUUACUGUCGGAUGAGUUGGCCCAAUUUGAAGAUUCGGAUAAGGAAAGGGACGAUAGGAACAGUGUAAUGGCCGGUCACGUGGCCGCUAUGAGAGAGAGGUUCGAGAGUAUGACGCGAACCAGCACUCCGUGUCCGGAUAUUUUGCGAUCCGCUUCACCCGGCUUCGACAUAUUCUUCAGGAACAUAACCCCUUCGCCCGAUCAAUUAGACAAAUUAUAGAUGACACAGGUUAGAGGCGAAUAGUAGGUGGCAAUUGAAUUUACAUUUCUAAAUUUUAGUAACCUAUAUUGUAGUAAUGGUGUAGGUCGAAAGCAAUGUUUUAGCUAAAGAUGGUGCCCUCACAUACACAAUUCUACAUUAACUUUUUCUUACCAGCCUAGUCAUCAUUACAAUAUACAUGUGGAAUCUGAAAAAAAUUGGUGCCAAGGGUUCUAAAUGUACAUUGUAAAUACGGUAUUUUUUAGAAAGGGUUGUGAUAUAUUUACUUCAACUACUUAAUACCAUCGACCAUACAUAUCGAUUAGACGUAGAGCUGGCAAUAUUUAAAGGAACUAGUACAUAUUUUGAUUAACCUCAUAUUCUGUCGUAUUGUGAUUUGGGAAAGCUCAAACUUUGUAGCAUUUACUAUACGAAAAUUGUACAAUUAGAGAAAAAUAAGUUAUCAGACCAAAAAGCGUUUAGCUUCGUUCUAGCGUUUACUGUAUUUACAUACUUUGGACAGUGUUGCCAUAUUAUAUUAGUGAAAUAGAUGAUAGCGAUUCGUUGACAAAUUUAAUUUUUAUAGCGUCCUUUGUUUUAUGACAUCUGUUGUGAAUUUUUACCAAGUUUAAAUCAGUUACGUGUUGGUUUGACGGUGAUACUAGUUAGAUUUUAUAUUACGUAUAGUUACGGGGCAUUGGUAUUAUCUUGCAAAUUAGUGUAGUUCUUGUAUUAUAACGUUACACAUACAAGACCUUUACGAUUCAAUAUAUGGCUUUAUUAUGUA